UGUUGAAAAUGUAGAUACAAUCUGCAAUGGAGUUUGAGUGGGUUAGUCAAUUGCGAUACUAUUGGGAGAAUGAUGGCUUGUGGGUGAAAAUGGUGCAAGCUUCACUUUCCUAUGGUUAUGAGUAUCUUGGCAACACCCCGCGUCUUGUGAUCACCCCUCUCACAGAUCGUUGUUACAUGACUCUCAUGGGUGCCCUUCACCUCAGUCUCGGUGGUGCACCUGCAGGACCGGCUGGAACGGGAAAGACAGAGACAACAAAGGACUUGGCCAAAGCAAUGGCUAAACAAUGUGUCGUAUUCAAUUGCUCGGAUGGCCUUGACUACCUCGCCAUGGGUAAAUUUUUCAAAGGCUUAGCAAGUAGUGGAGCGUGGGCAUGCUUUGAUGAGUUCAAUCGCAUUGACCUCGAAGUUCUCUCAGUCAUUGCCCAACAAAUCUUAACCAUCCAACUUGCCAUUCAACAAAAAUUGAAGCGGUUUAUUUUUGAAGACACUGAAAUUUCACUGGAUCCCUCCUGUUCUGUUUAUAUCACCAUGAAUCCUGGAUAUGCAGGACGAUCUGAACUUCCAGACAACUUAAAAGCAUUGUUCAGACCAUGUGCUAUGAUGGUUCCAGAUUAUGCUCUCAUUGGUGAGAUAAGUUUGUUUUCAUUUGGGUUUCAAAAUGCUAAAAAAUUGGCUGCCAAGAUGGUCACAACUUUCAAGUUGUGCUCAGAGCAACUUUCCUCACAGGAUCAUUAUGACUAUGGUAUGAGAGCUGUAAAAAGUGUCAUUACAGCCGCUGGUAAUUUGAAGCGUGAAUACCCAGACGAAAACGAGGAUGUAUUGCUCCUUUGCGGACUUCGCGACAUCAAUGUUCCAAAGUUCUUGAUACAAGACUUGCCCUUAUUUGCAGGCAUUAUCACAGACCUGUUUCCUGGGGUGGUGCCCCCAACCAUUGUCUAUGACAGUCUUCUGGGUGCCCUUGCAAAAUGUUGUCUAAAAUCCAAUCUUCAACUUGUGCCAACGUUUACAGAGAAGAUCAUUCAAUUGUAUGAGACUACUUUGGUGAGGCAUGGGCUCAUGCUUGUUGGUCCCACUGGAGGUGGUAAAACAAGCAACUACCGAACUCUAGCCGGAGCAAUGUCGCUCCUCAAUGGUGAUGGUGAACAAAAAUAUGAAAAGGUUAGGAUUGCUUGUUUAAAUCCAAAGUCCAUAUCAAUGGGACAAUUGUAUGGAAACUUUGAUGAGAAUACUCAUGAAUGGACGGAUGGAGUUCUUGCUUGUUACAUGAGGGAGUUGGUGGAAGACACUUCCCCAUCUAAAAAGUGGUUGAUGUUUGAUGGACCUGUAGAUGCCAUUUGGAUUGAAAACAUGAACACGGUCUUGGACGACAACAAGAAGCUUUGUUUAGUGAGCGGAGAAAUCAUACAAAUGUCAAACACCAUGACAAUGAUGUUCGAGGUUGAAGACUUGGCUGUGGCAUCCCCAGCCACUGUGAGUAGAUGUGGCAUGGUCUACAUGGAGCCUCAGGCCCGUGGGUUUCAACCUCUUUUGGAUUCCUAUAUCCAAAAACUAACAAAGGACUUGCAACAAGUUGGAGAAGCCACUGUACGUCGCUUAUUUGCAUUAGCGUGUGAGCCUGCUAUCCACCAUGUAAAGAGGCACUUGAAACAAACCGUGGCCACAACAGAAGACAACAUGGUCUUGUCCGCAUUCAACAUCAUGGAUUCACUACUUGUCAAUUUUGUUCCAUUAGAUGGAUCUCAAUUAAGUAGCGACAACAAAUUUCAUGCUAAACAAAUUAUUGAACCUUUGUUCAUCUUCUCUAUUAUAUGGAGUGUGGGUGCGAGCUGCAACAAUGAUGGCCGUGUGAAGUAUGAUGCGUACAUGUGGGAUGUCAUAUCUCACCUGGAAUUGGAAUCUCCACCCCCAAAAAAAACUAAUUUAUUUGGUGUCAAUUACAAUUCCGAUAGUUGUUUGUGGGAGGAAUGGUUUCAAACUAUUCCUAUGUAUAAAUGUGAUCCCCAUCAACCAUUUGCGGAGAUGAUUGUUCCUACAACCGAUUCCAUUGGGUACAAAUAUGUAAUUCAUCACUUAAUCAUGAUUUAUAAGCACAUAUUGUGCGUGGGACAGACAGGAACAGGUAAGACUUUGGUAGUCCGAGACAAGUUGUUGAAGAACUUAGACCCACAAUUUGCCCCAAUGUUUAUCAAUUUUUCUGCAAGGACCGGGGCAAACCAAACUCAAGAUUUGAUUGACUCCAAAACAGAAAAACGCAGAAAAGGUGUAUUUGGACCACCUGCAUUGAAAAAGUAUGUGAUCUUUGUGGACGAUGUGAACAUGCCACAAAGAGAGAAGUAUUUUGCACAACCGCCAAUAGAGAUCCUUCGUCAAUGGAUGGAUCACGAGGGAUGGUAUGACCGCAUCCCACCAUGUGCCUUUCGCACCUUGGUUGAUAUCCAAUUUGUGGGGUGCAUGGGACCUCCAGGAGGAGGCCGCAAUCCGGUCACCAUGCGCUUCUUACGACACUUCAAUUUCUUGUCAUUCACGGAGAUGGCUAAUGAGAGCCUCUACCUCAUUUUCUCGACCAUUUUAAAUGCCACCUUGAGUGUUUCAUUUGACCUAGAAAUUCAAGCUUGUAGUGAUGGGAUUGUGAAUGGAACAAUAGAACUCUACAAUGCAAUCCGACAAGAUCUUCUUCCCACUCCCUCAAAGUCACAUUAUACAUUUAAUUUACGUGAUCUUGGUAAAGUCAUUCAAGGAGUCUUACAAGCAGAUCCUGCACAGUGUAAAGAAAAGAGGGUGUUUAUAUGCCUUUGGGUGCAUGAAGCCAUGAGAGUCUUUGCGGAUCGAUUGGUGAACAUGGAAGAUCAAACUUGGUUUAAGAAUAACAUAUCAAAACAACUUCAAGUUAGAUUUGAUUUGAGUUGGGAUUUCAUGUUUACAAAAUCAAAGCACUUAAUCUUUUGUGAUUUUCUGACUCCUGGAGCAGAACCACGUAUUUAUGAGAAGGUUGAUGACAUUUCAUCCCUCCAAAAAGUUGCAGAACUUUAUUUAGAGGAGUAUAACACUGUGAGCAAUGCACCCAUGAAACUUGUCUUGUUUUUAGAUGCAAUAGAACACAUUUCACGAAUUUGUCGAGUUAUUAGAUUGCCACUUGGAAAUGCUUUAUUAUUGGGAAUUGGUGGUAGCGGAAGACAAAGUUUGACACGAUUGGCGGCAUUUAUAGAAGAGUUUGAGCUUUUUCAGAUUGAGAUUGCUAAAGGCUAUGGUAAUAACGAAUGGAAGGAAGAUUUAAAAAAAGUUUUAAUGAAAGCAGGUCUUCAUGACAAAUCAGUUGCAUUCUUAUUCUCAGACACCCAAAUAAUUCAUGAAUCCUCUUUAGAAGACAUCAACAAUAUUUUGAAUGCAGGAGAAGUACCCAACUUGUGGAAAAAUGAAGACCAAGAUAUAAUAGCAAAUGCCAUGAGACCUAUACUUCUGAAUAAAGGCAUGCAAAUCACAAACAUAGCAAUGGCAACAGAAUUUUUAAGCAGAAUUCGUGCCAACCUCCAUGUGUGCAUUGCAAUGAGUCCCAUUGGAGACAUUUUCCGCACAAGACUGCGGAUGUUUCCAUCACUUGUGAAUUGUUGCACUAUUGAUUGGUUUAGUGAAUGGCCAGAAGAAGCUUUACACUCUGUUGCUCAGAACUUCCUUGCUACAAUUGAAAUGCUAACAGACAAUGAGAUUAAGAAUAUUGUAGGCAUGUGUGUGUUUAUUCACCAAUCUGUUGAAAGGAAAUCGAGAGACUUUUACGAAGAACUUCAGCGGUUUAAUUAUGUGACGCCAACAAGUUAUUUAGAACUUUUGAUGAGUUUUACCAAGUUGCUACAAGAGAAGCGCAGUGAUCUUGAAGGGUUGAGAGGAAGAUUGUCUGUUGGAUUGGAAAAACUGCUGAACACUGCAAACGAGGUUGCGGUCAUGAAAGAAGAGCUUGUUAAUUUGCAACCCAUUUUGGUAAAAACAACAAAGGAAGUUGACAUCAUGGUACAAUCUAUAUCCAUUGACAAAGCCAAUGCAGCUCUCACAAAAGAUCAAGUGGAGAUACAAGAAGCUGCAGCCAAAAGAAUGGCAGCCACUUCAAAAGGCAUUGCAGAUAGUGCACAAGCCGAGCUUGAUGUGGCACUUCCAGCCCUCGAUGCCGCACUCUCAUCUCUCAAAGACCUCACACGGAACGAUAUUGUAGAAGUUAAAUCUCUUAGAAACCCGCCUCAAGGAGUGAAAAUGGUGAUGGAAGCUACAUGCAUUAUGUUUAACUUAGCACCAAAGAUGAUCAAUGACCCCAACAAGAUGGGUAAGAAAAUUGCUGAUUAUUGGGAUGCUAGUACAAAAAUUCUGGUUGAUCCAACUGCUUUUUUGGAUUCUCUGCUGAACUUUGAUAAAGAGAACAUACCAGAUAGUGUUAUUGAGAAAAUUGAACCCUUCAUCCAAAUGGAAGCAUUCACCCCUGCACAGGUAGCCAAAGUUUCAAAGGCAUGCACUUCUAUUUGCAUGUGGGUGCAUGCAAUGCAUUCAUAUUAUCUUGUUUGUAAAAUUGUGGCCCCCAAACGUGCUCAACUUGCAGAAGCAUCAGCCAAAUUGGCUGAAGUCAUGGUUGAGUUGAAUGGUGCCCGCCAAAAACUAUCCGAGGUAGAAGCCAAACUAGCAAGACUUGAGGAAGAAUUGGCUGUAGCCAUUGAUAGGAAAGAAUCACUUGUGCAACAAGCGUUAGAUUGUGAACAAAAAUUGGAUCGUGCCGGGAAGCUCAUUGGUGGUCUCGGUGGAGAGAGGAUGCGGUGGAUUGCCAAUAUUGCUAGCAUUGAAGUAGACAUGGGCUUUGUGAUUGGUGAUAUUAUCAUAGCUGGAGGACACAUAGCAUAUACGGGCCCAUUCACUCCUUUGUAUAGAACUACUCUCAACAAUGAAUGGCUACACAAGCUAAUCGAGCUCAAGGUCCCGCAUUCUCCAAAUACAACCCUUCAAUCGUGUUUGAAAGAUCCAGUUCAAAUGCGAGCUUGGAAUAUUGCAGGCUUACCAAGUGACUCAUUAAGUGAAGACAAUGGCAUCAUUGUGUCAAAAGCCAGAAGAUGGCCUCUUAUGAUUGAUCCUCAGGGACAAGCCAACAAGUGGAUAAAAAACAUGUUCAAAUAUGUGGGUUGUGAUGUUAUAAAAUUAUCAGAAAGUGACUACCUAAGAACUUUGGAGAAUGGAGUGAGAUUUGGAAGGAUCAUUUUACUUGAAAAUAUAUUGGAGGUUUUGGAUCCUGCACUUGAGCCUUUGCUCUUACAACAAACCUUCAAACAAGGCGGACAAGAAGUCAUUAAAAUUGGAGACAAUAUCAUUCCUUAUCAUAAAGACUUUAGAUUCUAUUUGACAACCAAACUUCCAAAUCCACACUAUCCACCCGAGGUUUGUGUGAAAGUAACCCUUCUCAACUUUUUUGUAACCCCCGAAGGAUUAGAAGAUCAAUUGCUAGGCAAUGUGGUUGCCACUGAGAGGCCAGACCUUGCUGAGUUGAAAGUCCAACUCACAGUUUCAAAUGCAAACAUGCGUGCACAAUUGAAGAACCUUGAAUCUCAAAUUCUGUACUCUUUAUCAAAUUCUAAGGGCAACAUUUUGGAUGAUGUGGAUUUAAUCAAUACAUUGGCUGAAUCUAAGGUCACCUCUGAUGACAUUAAGAUCAAAGUUGCUGAAGCUGAAACAACAGAAUUGUCAAUUGAUGAAACUCGUGAGGUUUACCGGCCCGUAGCCAAGAGGGCUUCUCUUCUUUAUUUUUGCAUAUCUGAUUUGGCUUCUGUAGAUCCAAUGUACCAAUAUAGUUUGCCGUGGUUCAUCCAAUUAUUUGUCCGUGCAAUGAAAAGUGCUGAACCAGCGGAGCAAUUACACCAGCGUAUAGUAAACAUCAACAAUUAUUUUACAUAUUCUUUGUAUAUCAAUGUGUGCCGGUCCUUAUUUGAAAAACACAAAUUAAUGUUCUCUCUUAUACUUUGCAUAAAAAUUCUCCAGGGAGACAAGUUAAUAGAUGGGCAAGAGUGGCGUUUUCUUUUACAAGGCGGGACAUCAACUGCUUUUACUGAUCCUAACCCUGAUCCAAGUUGGAUCAAUGAAAAGGUGUGGAUGGAGUUUUUGAAUCUGGGUAAACUGCCAGCUUUUAAAGGAGUGGGCCAACAUGUGUCACAAAACCUGGCACAUUAUAAGAAGAUAUUUGAUUCUAGUGACCCUCAUCGAGACCCACUUGCUGGAAAAUGGAACACUAAAUUGUCCUCAUUUCAGAAGAUGCUGUUCUUACGAUGCCUUCGUGUUGAUAAGGCCCUCCUUGCUAUUGCUGAUUUUGUCUCGGAUAAAAUUGGCCAACAUUUUACUGAGCCUCCAGCCUUUGAUUUGGAUGCAUGUUAUAAAGACGGAGGGCCUGCAACUCCUCUUAUAUUUGUAUUAUCCUCAGGAGCAGAUCCCAUGGCUGAUUUACUAAGACUUGCAGACACUUACAAAUACACCAAAAAAUUUGAGAAAGUUUCAUUGGGUCAAGGCCAAGGACGCAAGGCUGAAAAGUUGUUACAAAUGGGCAUGGACCAUGGAAUGUGGGUUUGUUUGCAGAAUUGUCAUCUCUCUCAAUCAUGGAUGCCCGCUUUGGAUCGUAUUGUGGAUAACAUCAAUCCAGAAAAGGUACACAAAGAUUUUCGCCUUUGGUUAACAAGUAUGCCGAGUCCAGAUUUUCCAGUUGCCAUCCUUCAGAAUGGAGUAAAAAUGACAUUAGAGCCUCCAAAAGGAUUACGAGCCAACCUUGUCCGUGCCUAUUUGCGCUUCUCAGACAAGCACUUGAACGAAUGUGAAAAGCCCGAGGCAUGGAGGCGGCUCCUCUUUGCAACUUGCCUCUUCCAUGCGGUCAUUCAAGAGCGUCGCAAGUUUGGCCCUUUAGGAUGGAACAUCUGCUAUGACUUCACCGAUGGUGAUUUAAGUGUUUGCCAAGUUCAAGUGAAUAUGUUCCUUAACAAAUAUGUUGACAUUCCCUACAAGGUUAUAAGAUUUUUAUGUGGAGAAAUUAACUAUGGUGGUCGAGUCACAGAUGACAAAGACCGUCGGUGUAUAAACACACUCCUCUUAACUUUUAUUACCCCUCUGGUUGUUGAAAGUGAGGGGUACAAAUUUAGCAACUCGGGCAUAUUCAGAGUCCCGAAAGAUGUCGCAACUGUAAGUGGGUACUUGAAUUACAUCAGAGAGUUACCCUUGGCACCAAAACCGGAGAUCUUUGGCCUCCACGAGAAUGCAGACAUCACAUGUGAUCAAAACGAGUCCUACGAUUUGUUUGGGACUCUAUUGUCAUUGCAACCUCGAGAGCAAGUCCAGGGAAAAGGGAUGUCACAAGACAAUAUCAUUGAGGCCUCAUGUUUGGAAAUUCAAGCCUCGUGCCCUAAUGUUUUUGAUAUGGUACAUGUGUUACAAGAAUACCCAACUAAGUAUGAAGAAAGCAUGAACACAGUGCUUACACAAGAAUGUAUUAGAUACAAUGGUCUUCUAAGCAUAAUGAGGAUUUCUCUUCAACAAUUAUUGAAAGCUCUUAAGGGUCUAGUUGUCAUCUCCAAUGAUUUGGAGAUGUUGAAAACUAGUAUAUUCAAUAAUCAGGUUCCAGAGAUCUGGCAAGGUAAGGCUUAUCCUUCAUUAAAACCAUUGGCCUCAUGGAUCAAAGAUUUACUAGAACGAUGUGCAUUUAUCAACACAUGGAUUAGCAAAGGAGCUCCUUCAGUUUAUUGGAUAUCUGGGUUUUUCUUCCCUCAGGCUUUUCUUACAGGCACACUUCAAAAUUAUGCACGGAAGAAAAAGAUGCCAAUUGACACCGUCCAAUUUGAUUUUGUGCAAUCAGACCAUCUUACAGGGGAUAUUAUCAAGGCACCUCCUGUUGAUGGUUGCUACAUUCGGGGCCUCUCGCUCGAAGGAUGCCGCUGGGAUUACGUCACCCACAUGUUGGUUGAUUCUCGACCCAAAGAGCUUUACACAGACUUGCCCAUCAUGUGGCUCAAUCCAAAACAAUAUCGAAAACCGCCAAAACAUGGCUUCUACAAUUGCCCCGUGUACAAGACUCUUCUCAGAGCAGGAACAUUAUCAACGACUGGGCAUUCCACUAAUUUUGUAAUGUUCAUGGAAUUGCCAUCCAAUCAACCACAAGCAAAAUGGAUAAAUAGAGGAGUAGGAUUAUUCACAGGCCUUGCUUUUUGAAAAGCAAAGUUUCAUCAAAUUGAUAUAAUCAAGGAAAAUUAAAAUGAAAAAUAAAUCUCCACAAUGCAUAUGUGUUGGUAUGUAUGUAGAAGUUUGAAUGUACAGAAGUAUCUUUAGUCAAGUUAAUUUUUUUCUCAACAUAGUUAAAACCUUGAAAUUUGUAAACAGAGUAGUGUUUUGUUUGUUUGAAUUACAAAUGUUCAAUUCACAACCUGAAGAAGGCUAAUGAUAAAACCCACUUUACAUUGUGGUAUGCAAAUAGUGAAAACAAAUGGAGAACUGUGUAUGAUUUGAAAGUAAAUUCUUUAGUAUUCAUUCAAGAAUUCCUUCACAAAUUUCACGCUAUAAAACCUUCAAUUCAUUUUAUUUGAAAUUUAAAUGAUGACAUUAUUGAUC